AUGUUGCCUAUCACAGAACUCCGUCUCUUUGUGCAACCAGAUAAUCGUCAAGAGGCUGACGAUGUUAUUAAUAUUUUCAGCCAUCUUGGCAAGUUGUCGUUCCUACGAAAAUUUGCUUGCGGUAACUGGAAGAGCUAUGACGUUACUGUUGCACUGAGCAGUGGAUUAGCAUUUUGUUUUGUGCUGCAGGAAGUCGAGAUUCGAAAUAUCAUCGCGACUGUACGUGAGGAACUGGCCGUG